AUAAUGCAAGAGAUGCUUUUAUUAAUUCUGAGAAUUCUGAUUAUAUACAAACUUAUAUUAAUCAAAUAGAAAGAUUAUAUAUAAUAUUUAACUAUUUAUUAAUUUCUAUUGAAUUUAAUUAUCCAACAUAUUCUUUAAUAUUAUACCAAUUAAGUUUAAUUAAUGGUAUAAAAGAAAAUUUAGAAAAUAAAUUAGUUCAAUUAAGUGAUGAGGAAUCUUCAGUUGAAUUAUUAAUCUAUGUAAAACUUUCAGAAGAAAUUGCAAAAAUACUAAAUGUAAGUAGUAAAACAAUUACUAGACGAAGAGAUAAAUUAAAUAUAAGAGUAGAAGAAAUUUAUACUAUUUUUUCUAAUGAUGAAUUGGAUUAUGAGAUUUUAUCUAUUAAAGAACAACAACCAAAUGCUGAACAAGUAAUAAUUAUGGGACCAAAUGCUUUAUGGUAUAUAAAUGGAAAUUAUAAACUUAUAUACUGGAAAUUUGUUAUACAUGGAGUUAUUGAUGUUCCUAGUAGAGUUCGUGAUGAUCGUGAAGGAGAAAAUGUUGCUGUUGCUGAAUAG